CCUGGCGUCAAAUAGGAAUAGCAAGUUUGCAUCGGAGCACACACAUAGUACAAGACACAAACAAACACAUAGAUACAAUGUGCGCACACCGAGAAAAACGUAUCGCAAUUGUUUUUGAUUUUAGUUUACCAGUAUCGCUGAAAAUCCAGGAUCAGGGAUCAGCUCUGAUCGUUUGUACGACAUGGUUAAAUAGCGCCACGCUCAAAACAUUUGCCUUGUUAUCGAGAUUUUCUCCGGGUCACUUGAAAGAUGAUGAGUAAGUUGGCAAACUGUUUAUGGAUAACAGUAGCCGUUGUCACUAGAGUGGGGAGGUACGUUGUUACUCUUCUUCUGUUUCCUUUAUACAUGCGUACGUAUGUACAGUACAUGCUUAUUCAGUCUCGAUUCUCUGAGAGGGAAAAGCUAGAAACUUUGGUCCGCUGCAUCGGGGCCUUUAAUUGCCAGCUGAGUGGCUCUAUCCGGCCCCUUGACUGGCUUCGUAUUUCAGGUGAUCCAUUUCUUGUUUGCUAGAUGGCGAACCUCUUUAAAUGUUUACAUAUAAUAUCCCGUGCCAUCUCAUAAUUGCGCUGAAACAAGCUAAUUCUAAAUGCUUGGAGCUUAUGCUUGGGGUGUCGAAGUAAAGAACAAAAGCGUGGUAGGACGCGUGUCUAGAAGAGCAGGAUGCUGUUUUAAGAAUGAGCAUGGUGUGCAGCGCAUAGACUGUACUUUGCGUAUAUCAUGCAAGAAAUUUUAUGGACCCAACUGAC